UGAUAAAUAUUUCUCUAAUAUAGACAUGGGGUAAUCAAAAAACUUUUUUUUGUUUACAAACAAUUUUUAGAAUUUCACAAAAAAUAUAAAAACAUUUAAAUAUGACUACAAAAUCUGCCAAAUCCAUGCAGAAUUUCUGCAGAACGUGUAUGACAAAGUUUUCAAAAACACAACGAGAAUGUGCUGUAAAUAAUAAGCAGAACAUCUAUGAUGUACCAAUUGGAAGACAAGAUACCAGUUUAAUGGAACUACUGCAUCUGGUACAUCCUAACAUUAAGGUGGAAAUUAAUGAUAAUCUUCCAACCCUUAUGUGUUCGAAUUGUAUUAAAAAAUUAUUAAUGGCCCAUGAAUUUAUCGAAAUGUAUAAAAAUGCCGAUAAACAAGCCCGUAACAAGUUAAAACAAGUUGAAGCUUCCAGCAGUAAACACGAUGUAAACCUUUUUUUAAAGGAAUCCAUAGAAGUUAUUGGGACAAAUGAUAAGAUUGAGGAGGUAUUGAAUAAAGAAAAACUAGAUGAUAUCUAUGAAUUAGCCAAGUUAGAAGUUGAAAAAGUAACUAUUGAAGAAUUGGAAAAAGAGGUAAUAGAUGUAAACGAUUGGCCAGAAUUUGGUGAGCCACUGCAUGAUAUUUCAAUGGAAGAAGAAUGUAAAGAAUAUUUCACAAAUCCCUAUAGUGAUGAAGAAGAAGAACCAGAUAAAGAUUUAUAUUUUUCAAAUCCCUAUAGCGAUUCUGGUGAUGAAUGGACACCUAGUGAUUCUGGCGAUAAAAAAUCUUCACCUAAGAUUACUAUCCGAAAACGAAGAAUAAAACUAAAAAUAAAUAAUGAAACUCCAACACAGAAUUUUUCUAAGAAAAGGGCCAAUAAGAAUAUUUCCAACAAUAAACCACAUGCUAAGAAAAAAACUCAGUCGAAUAUAGAAAAUGAAAAUUUUGUGAGUUCUCCUAAGAAAAACGAUGAUUCGAGUAAGAGCAUUUCCAACAAUAAAGAACAGAAUGCGGAAAAAGCUCAGUCGCAAAUUGAAAAUGAUAACUUUCCGUGUUCUCCUAAGAAAAAUUAUAAUGAGAAAAUUCCCAACAAUAAUGAACAAAAUGUGGAAAAACCUCAGUCGCCUAAAGAAUCGGAAAAUGUUAGUUUUCCAUGCCAUAAGUGCGACACUGUUUUGGAUAAUAAACAACUCUUACAGGAGCACAUACGAUGUCAUCACAAGAAAGCAAGAAGUCGAACCGGUAAUGGCUUUAAAUGCGAAAUUUGUGACAGAGUAUAUUCACGAAAUUCAAACUAUAAAAUGCAUAUGCGUAUUCAUACAGGUGAAGAACCUUAUUUGUGCAUUGAAUGUGGCAAAAGUUUUAAAGUUUUAAGCUCUUUAAAUACUCACAUGUUAUGGCAUAAAGGAGAGAAAAAUGUUCAAUGUCCAAAGUGUCCGAAGAAAUUUUUAACAACAAGUGGUUUAUACGCUCAUAUGAUGGUGCAUAUGAAAGAAAAGAAAUUUGUAUGUGAUACUUGUGGAGCAGCCUUUCAUAUGGCCCAUAUGUUAAGGACACAUAAUCUCUAUCAUAACGGUAUUAAAAACUAUCCAUGUGAACAUUGUGAAAAGAGAUUUGUUACUGCAGAAAAACAACGGCGACAUAUGCGUACACACACGGGAGAAAAGCCAUAUCGUUGCAAAUAUUGCGAGAAAGCUUUUGCUCAAAGUAAUGAUCAUGUCAAACAUUUGAAGCAACACUUGGGCGAAAAUGUUUAUCAAUGUGAACUGUGUCCAUUAAGAUUUCCAUUGAGCAGAGAUUUGCAAGCUCAUUUCGCAACUCAUAAUGAUGAAGAUGAAGAAACUCGAGCACGUAAUAUAAAGGCCCGUGAAGAAGAACAGCGAAAAUUAGACAUUAAGCUAGGUAUUAAAGGUCCAGAAAAAUACAAUUUUAUUAAUAUGAAUACAAAAUCUGCUAACAAUAUGCGGAAUCUCUGUAGAACGUGUAUGAUGAGGUUUACGAAACCCCAACGUGAAAGUGCUAUUAAGAAUAAGCAAAACCUUUAUGAGGUACCUAAUGGAGGUAAAGAUCACAGUUUGAUGGAACUCCUUGAAAUGGUACAUCCUGACAUAAAAGUGGAAGUCAAUGACCAUUUACCCAUGCUAAUGUGUUUAGAUUGUAUUAAAAAAUUAUUAAUUGUUCACGAAUUUAUCGAGAUGUACAAAAACGUCGAUAAACAAUUCCGUAAUAUGUUAAAACAAGUUGAAAUUGACGACAGUCAACGGAAUCUAAGUCCAUUACAGGAAUCCAUAGAAAUUAUUGAAAUAAAUGAUCAAGAUGAGGAGGUAUUAGAUAAGGAAAAAGAAGAUGAUGCCUAUAAAUUAACAGAGUUAGAGGUUGAAGAAGUGCAUGAUGAUGAGCUGGAAAAAGAAGAUGUAGGCGCAAAUGAUUGGCCAGAAUUUGAUGAUGAACCAAUGCAUGAGUUUUCAGAGGAAAAUGAAAAUAAAGAAUAUUAUUUCACAAAUCCCUACAGUGAUGAAGAAACUGAUGAAAAGGAACCAUUUUUUAAAAAUCCCUAUAGCGAUGCUAGUGAUAACGAGUGGAACCCCAGCGAAAUUGUCCAAAAGAUCAAUACUUCUCCAAAAUCCAUAACUGGAAAUAGAAAAUCAAAUAAUGAAACCACUACAAUUCCUUAUAGUGAUGCUAGUGAUGACGACUGGACACCUAAUGAAACUUGCCAGAAAAAUGCGUCUUCUACAAAACCCAAAACGCGAAAACAAAAAUUAAAAUACAAAAUAAAUGACGAAAGCACGACACAAAUUUCUUCUAAGAAAACCAAAAGAAAAAAGAUGAUUUCAAACAAUAAAAAGCAAAUUGAAGAAAAAUCACCAUUGCCUGUAGAUAAUGAAAAUGUUAGUUUUCCAUGCCAGAAAUGCAACAUUGUUUUGGAUAACGAACAACUUUGGCAGGAGCAUUUGCGAUUUCAUCGAAUGGGAAAAAUGUGUAAAAUGGUUACGAAAUCAGACAACUCAACAACUACAAGUCGAACUGAAAGGGGCUACGAAUGUGAACAUUGUGGCAAAGUAUAUUCCAAAAAUACAUCAUUUAAGGUUCAUAUGCGAAUACAUACAGGUGAUGCUCCAUAUCUGUGUAUUGAAUGUGGAAAGAGUUUUAAAGUUUUGGGAAGUUUAAAUAUACACAUGUUACGGCAUAAGGGAGAGAAAAAUAUUCAAUGUCCACAUUGUCCCAAGAAAUUUGUAUGCGCAAGUGGUUUAUACGGUCAUAUGAUGGUGCACAAAAAAGAAAAGCCAUUCGUAUGUGAUAUUUGUGGAGCAGCUUUCCAUAUGGCCUAUAUGUUAAGAAAACACAAUCUCUAUCAUAAAGGCAUUAAAAAUUAUCCAUGUGAACAUUGUGAUAUGCGAUUUGUUACUGCUGAAAAACAACGUCGUCAUAUGCGUACACAUACAGGCGAAAAGCCGUACCGUUGCAAGUAUUGCGAGAGAGCUUUUGCACAAAGUAAUGAUUGCAUUAAACAUUUGCGGCAACAUUUGGGCGAUAAUGUCUAUCAAUGUGAAUUAUGUCCGUUAAGAUUUCCAUUAGCGAGAGAUUUACGAGCACAUUUCGCCUCUCAUAAAGAUGACGAUGAAGAAACUCGAGCACGUAAUUUGCAGGCUCGUAUGGAAGAAGAAAAAAAUUUGAGAAUUAAAUUGGGAAUUAAAGAAACUUGAAUUAUUUUUAAUUUAAUUUUGAAACCAUGUUUUAUGUAAUAUAUGUAAUUAAUAAUUGUUAGAAUAAAAAUCUUUUAACUGAAUUAAACUAA